AAGAGCGAAAAUGUACAAUAAAUUGUUAUAAGCACUUAAAAACAAAAAUUAUAGGAUUAAACAACUAAAAUGAUAAUAUGGAUGUGAGUACCAAGGAUCUUAAAAUAAACUAAUUUUGAAAAGUACAUUAAACAGUUAAUUCCUGAUCCUGUUUGACAGAACGUUUUCAAAAAAAAUAAACAAAUCACAUAAGUAAUAGAAAACUAUAUUUUCUUAUUUCUUCUAACACCUUUAACAAAUUACCAGAAACAUUCAAAGUAAUUGUGUAAAUUUGCUUAUAAGUUGAAGUUAAAGUAUUCAAAUAUAUUGACGCAAAGAAAAUUUAUUAUUAAAUGAAAAGUAGCUAUUUUUAAGUAAAAUUAUAUUCAGUGUUCAGGGAUAAAUACAAAUAUUUAUGUAAACAUGAAUAUACAUGUAUAUGUACAUAAUAAUGAAUGUAUAUUAUUGGUGUAAAUAAAGAGACUAUCAAAAGAGUUAGAACUAUUAUAUUGUUGAAUGAACAUUUAAAUGUUAUAGUGAACUGUAAAAACAGACAUGUUUCUGAUUAAAUAGUGCCAAACGUUUUAAAACUCUUUCAAGCCUUCAGAUAUGUGCUUGAAUUUUCAAGCCAUUGAUAAAUUGACAAUGAUAUUAUUAUUUGUUAUUGUAAUAUUCUCAGCUAAUUUAUCCCUAAGUAUGGGACAUUUCCCAGCAUUUACCAGUUUAAAAUUUGUGCAAGUAAGCAGUAAUAAAAAAAUUCAAAACUAUACUGUAGACUUUAAGACAAAUAUUGUUGCCCUAUCGGAUAUUAUCAAAACAUUUCAGGAAAAUAGAUCACAUUAUAUGGACAUUUACAAUAGUAGUGCACAUCCCUAUUAUCACAGUAAAUCGGGAAUCAUUCAUGAAAAAAAACCAUUAUUUCCGCAUGAUCUUUUCAGUUUGGAACAGCGACGACAUGGUGCUGUAAUGCUACACGUAUUAGGAGUUAUCUACAUGUUUGUUGCAUUAGCAAUUGUAUGUGAUGAAUUUUUCGUUCCUUCUUUGGAUGUUAUAAUUGAAAAACUUGAAAUUGCUGAUGAUGUAGCUGGAGCAACCUUCAUGGCAGCUGGAGGCUCAGCUCCAGAGCUUUUUACUUCAAUUAUCGGUGUAUUUGUAUCUUUUGAUGAUGUUGGUAUAGGUACUAUUGUGGGAUCUGCUGUCUUUAACAUACUAUUCGUUAUUGGAAUGUGUGCCAUUUUCUCAAAGACGGUAUUAUCUCUUACAUGGUGGCCAUUGUUUCGUGAUUGUACAUUUUAUAGCAUGAGCUUACUCACGCUUAUUUAUUUUUUCAAAGAUAACUACAUAUAUUGGUACGAAGCACUAAUACUUUUUGGAUUUUACUUAGCUUAUGUUAGUUUCAUGAAAUGGAACCAGCGUAUGGAGGAGCUAGUUAAGACUGUUCUUUAUCACAACAAGGUAACAAGAGUAAGAUCCACCGAUCAACUUAUGCCAACGCAACGUCUUUCUACAAUGAACAAUGCUGAUAGUAGUGCACCAUCUAUUAAAGCUAAAAAUCAAAAUGAAAAUCAAGAUAUUCUCAACAAAAACAAAAGUCAUUGCAGUAAAGAUGGAAAUCAAAGUAUUGCUUCACAGGACAAGGCCCUAGUAGUACCUUCGGUCAGAAAUCGAGAAAGUCAUAUGAAAUUUCGACAUGGACUCUUACAACUUAUGAUUCAUACUAUUGAUCCUUUGCAAGAUAGCCAUUUAUCUAAUGAGUGGAUAUACGAAUUUUGAAAUCAACGUAAGGAUGAAGGUGCUUUGGAGGUCAGAAAGGACAAUC